GCCCGGCGCCCGCGCAGGCGCGGUGGCCGCGUCGCCGUCGCCGGGCUCCGUCGCCGCGUCGUUUCGCUACCUUGACACCUGAGACGGCCGCCCGGCGGUCCUGCGGCUUUCCGUCUUGCCGCUGCGGGCCGCGAACCGCGGCCAUGUCCCGAAAGCAGGCGGCGAAGGGCCGACCGGGCAGCGGCAGCCGGAAAGCCGAGGCCGAGCGCAAGCGGGACGAGCGGGCGGCGCGCCGGGCCCUGGCCAAAGAGCGGCGGAACCGGCCGGAGUCCGGCGGCGGCGGCGGCUGCGAGGAGGAGUUCGUCAGCUUCGCCAACCAGCUGCAGGCCCUGGGGCUGAAGCUGCGGGAGGUGCCGGGGGACGGCAAUUGCCUGUUCAGAGCACUUGGCGAUCAAUUGGAGGGACACUCCCGAAAUCAUCUCAGGCACCGACAAGAGACCGUGGACUACAUGAUAAAGCAGCGGGAAGAUUUUGAACCCUUUGUAGAAGAUGACAUUCCUUUUGAGAAACAUGUGGCCAGUUUGGCAAAGCCUGGCACAUUUGCUGGCAAUGAUGCGAUUGUGGCCUUUGCAAGAAAUCAUCAGUUGAAUGUGGUGAUUCAUCAGCUUAAUGCCCCUUUGUGGCAGAUUCGUGGCACCGAGAAGAGCAGCGUGCGGGAGUUACACAUCGCGUAUCGGUGCGGAGAGCACUAUGACAGCGUCCGGAGGCUCAAUGACAACUCGGAAGCACCUGCCCAUCUCCAGACUGAUUUUCAGAUGCUCCAUCAAGAUGAAUCAGAUAAAAGGGAAAAGAUGAAGACGAAGGGAGGUGACCUCGACGACGACCUGAGAGAUGAAGUAGAAGAUGCCGUCCAGAAAGUCUGCACCGCGACUGGGUGUUCAGAUUUUAACCUGAUAGUCCAGAACCUGGAAGCUGAAAAUUAUAAUAUUGAAUCUGCAAUAAUUGCCAUGCUUCAGAUGAACCAGGGGAAAAGAAAUAAUGCAGAGGAGAACCUAGAGUCCGGCGGCCGCGUGCCCAAGCCAUGCGACCCUUUAUGGGAGGAGGGUGGCAGUGGCACGAGAAUCUUUGGAAAUCAGGGCUUGACUGAAGGCAGGACUGAAAACAGUAAGGAGCGGGCCAGCCCGAGUGAAGACAGCAAAGCAAAUAAAAACCAACUCCCUAAGGUCACCAACAAACAGAGGAGGGAGCAGCAGCGCCUGGAGAAGAAGAAACGACAGGAGGAGAGGCACCGUCACAAAGCCCUAGAGAGCAGGAGCGGCCACAGGGACAGCAACCGGAGUGAAGCGGAUGCCAACACGCAGGUCACCUUGGUGAAAACCUUUGCCGCUCUCAACAUCUGACUCCCCGCCCCUCGGGGAGAUGUGAGAAGCGAGCGGAAGGUGGAGUGCCGUGUACCAGGCUUUCCGAGCGAGGCCCACCUCUCACAAAAUGAAACACAACCCACAGAGCUCUCACACGAGCUCACGCACUGACUUAGUUUCCGUCAAGCUGCCUCUUUUUUGCGCAGACUUUUGUUAGUGAUGUGUUUUAUUUUAUGGAAGUUCAGCGAAGCCAUUCGUGUUCUGUAAUUAAAAUACCGAGUUCUAGGGUUGGAUAGUUAGUCCAGGAAAAACCUUUUAAGUGUGGUUUCAUUUGCCCCCAAAAUCAGAGUUCAGUGACCCUGGGAUUUUUCCUUAACACUGGGGUGAGGUUUGCUGUAAUUGUUCGUGAAGUAGUUUAGAUUAAUUGCUAGAAAUUCAGAAUGACAAGUUUCCUUCGUGUCUCUUUCAUUUUCAAGCAGAUGUUCACAUACGGGGUAGUUUAUAAACGGUCUCCAACUCAGGAACACGUUUAGAUUUAAUUUUCUACUAAUCCAAGUUAAUCAGAAAUUAAUUCAGGAAGUAUUUUCCCAAAGUAAUAGGACAUGAGAGGGGCUGCAGCCUGUAGUCAGGGUGGAAAUUAAACAGCUGCUCCUUCCUGAUUCUGAUGUUCUUUCAGAUGGGAUGCGGGUGCUGUGAGUUUGUUUGCACUCAAGCCAUAUGAUAAAUAUGCCCGACUGUUAAUUAGGCCUGGACCUUGCUGGAAAAGCGAUGACGUUGUUGAGUUUUUGGUACGUGUUGCGUGACAAUCAGAAGGUGGCAAGUCACUGCUUAUGAUGUAAUUCUGAGAUUCUGAUGGUCGGGAUGGCAGAGGCCGUUGUUGUAAAGGGAAAGAAAUCAAGAGAUUCCUGAGUCUUAAGGAAGGGUCUAAAGAGUUCCUUGGUUUUGUAGGGGCAGAAGGUCUGGAAGAAUAACUGAGGUUUUUCAGGUUCACAUUUUAAGUGAUGUAUUUUCUUCCUUGCUGUGCUAGACUUGGAUGCCUUCAGAGAAGUCGUUUGACCUGUUGUUCAGUUUUCUCAGUACUGUGAAAAUGGACUCCCAGGAGAUGCUGUAUCUUCCUUUCCAUUCAAGCCCUGUUUGGGAUUUCGAUGUUGGGAAAGCUCUCCAGCGCUCUAGUAAUUGUCAGUGACCUAGGUUCACCCAACAGGGCAGAGGCCAUUGAAUGACUCCACACACCGUUCUGAUGUGGAGAGAGGUCAUUCCUAAAACUGGUAGAUGGACGUGAACUCUCAAACUAUAAUGUCUGAAAUGGCCGGUCGUGGACAGUCCUUGCCUUUUAGCGACCCGGCAUUUGGACGAAUAAAAUCUGCUGAAUCAAAAGGUAAAUGAGUUACUUUUCCGCUCAGAUUUCAAAAUUAUGUAAGUUCCAGGGAGAAGGGAAAACCAUAAAAAUGUUUUGGCCGUACAGAUGUAUCAUCGUCUGGGCUGGCCCUGGAUUCAUUGAAUCGUCUUUAUCAGCAGGUGAUUUGUUUCCUUCGGUUGUAAGGAUGUGUUUUAAUUUUUUGUUUGUUUGGUGACUUUCUGUAGUUGGAACAUCCGUCAGUAGUUUCCUGGAAUCGCUCUCAGGACAUUGCCGUUUGGGCUACUUCCUGGUACGGUGCAUUGUAGUUAUUUAGCAGAUUUAGAAACGGGUGCAGCAUUUUUUCUUUGCAUGUUGCAGAGUUCUGAGUGUGAAGUCCAAACAAGUGAAGGGUCUCUGUCGCCUUACCAUUUCCAAGAGCGUGAGAUCCAGUGCUGAAGGAUCUAUUGUUCUCUUGGUUUUUGAAUCUGGACCCCGUCCCGACCGUGGCUGAUCUUUUCUCAGUGAAUGCUCUUUCUUGUCUGUCUUGUACAGCAAGAGUGCAGGAGAGCAGAUCCUCUCUGCAAGAAUUGAAAUCAUGUACCAGAAACUCAGCAGAAUUAGGAGUCCGAAAUAGCUUAAGGGAUACCCCUUGUCAGAAGCAGUAGAAUUGCUUUGUAUACCUGGUUAAUGAAGGUGGCGUUGGGCCCUACUGGGUUUUAGGAGUUUUACUAGAAGCUGUGAAAAAGUUACUAAGGGAUAUUGGGCACCCUUAUAUACACGUUACCAACUUCUGAUAAUAGGCUUCGGCAUUUCUGGGGUAAAAUAACAGUGGUUUUAAAAACCAAUCAUAUGGCUUUGGUAAUUUUCUUUUAUUACCAUUUCAUAGUUUUCCAGUUAAAAUUGGUCUGUGUUUAAUCAGUUAAUUAUUAGGAACGGGGUAUGUGCAUCCGGCUUUAGUGAACUCUUCUAGCUAGGGGUUUGAACUUAAGACUUUCUGCCUCGGUCUCACUGAAGUGUGAGGUAAUGGAAUCCAUACACUUAGUUGCUUUGUAGACAUUUGAAAACUACGUUAUCGGCAGCCUGAAUGAAGGUGCAGACGUGGGUUUAGUUCUGGGAAGAUACCGUUGGUGGCUGUGUCCUAGUAUGUUACUCACGUGCACCCCAUGUUAGGAGGCGCGUCUUUCCGAGUCUCUGUGUUACAUCUUGGCUCUUAGAGGUUUAUAUUACUGCGGGUUGUCUCGGUAGCUUUUAGGGAGGUCGGGAGAAAGGGGAUGAGGCAGUGGUCUGUAGCUGCUUACUAGUCUUAUAAGCUGUAUAUAAAGGUUUUAUGGAUUUUAAAACGAUUUUUUUUAAAGGUCAAAAUAAGAAAUAAAAUCUCAGUGGCAACAGCUUUGUACUGGAGAGGUAGGUGUAUUAAAACAACAUAGAACCAUGUGUUCUAGAUAACAUAGUUGCCAUCAGGAGAUAUUAGAGAGAGCUCCUGUGUAUAUUUAACCUUUCAGUAGUGUGAACAUUCGCUUUCAGGAGCAGAGCCUGGUCGAGGGAUUGUGGCAGAAAGAAGGACCAUGGAUGUCAGCUGAGGCUGUUGCCUGUAGUUUCUUUUAUAAGCUCUGAAAACCCUCCCAAACCCAUUUUGAUCCCGAGGGCUUAUGAAAUGGGGUCUCCGUGUGGGGCAGCUCAGGUGGGUGCCACGGGAACCUUCGAGUAGGUCAACUGUAGCGCUCUGCCUUGCCCCACCCCCCGGGGUUUACAAUGUGAAAUGGCACGGUCCUGGGGCGGGGAGGGCCGUGCUGAGAGGGGGAGCGCCGGUCACACGUUAGGUAGGUAGGUAUCAGAUGGACUUCGGCAUUGAACUGUGCUCGUAGUGAGUCCCUGUCGUCCAUGUGCAAUUUCUCUCAUUCUGAGAAACUCUAGACUCUGCCUGGGUUUUACUGGGUCAACAUAGAAUGCUGUCAGUUUACCUCCGUGAAAUGUUCGACUCGAAUAUGCAGUCGGUGACGGGAAACUUGGAUUUUUGUCAGAGUUGACUAACAGUCUUCCUGAACGAAAGGGCCUUUGUGGGAGGGAUGAAGGUGGUUUCUUGGUUUCCGUGUGUCCCCUCUGUGGCCCACUCUGACUCUCAUUUUGGGCAGACACGUAGAUCUUCACCUUCACCUUCACCUUUUUACCUCAAGGCUCUGUCUGUAGCAAACAUUUAGAUUCAGAGCCUGACGCGCUUUUCUGUUUUGCCGUCUUCGUUAUUCACCAAGUCGCCCAUCUCAGCUUUCAGAACAGGUGUUGCUAAAACUGUGGGGCCUUCCGACAGUUGUUCUGAGGUGAUUUAAUGAUGGCACUUUUUACGCGGUGUGUUUUCCUGACUCCAGAGCAAAUUGUAUUCUUCCACUGACACUGAAGCGAGGAUCUUCUAGGUUGUGUAUUUAUGGCACGUCUUCUGCCGUCACAUACCAGAGGGGGACACGGACCACCCGUGUGAAGGGGAGAUGGUGAUCCCUGGUCGCAAAGUGUUGCACCGCGUGGGGCGCUCCCUGCGGGCCGCCGGGCCCUGCUCCGGGCCCAGCUAGCACUCCCUGUAACCUCAGGCUCUUAGCCACCUCUUCUAAGCUCGCUUUCUGGUCUGUCUAGCCUGGUUAGGGGUACUUCGUAGCUUGGAAAAAUCUUUAGCAUGCUUGCAGAGUUCCUUCGCGAGGGGCUGCUGUCCGUGAAGAACGUCCCUGCAAAAGCAUGAACUUCCCGCACGGUGGCUCUGUUUUCAUCAGGGCCUCCCCGGGAUGCAGAAGUACCGCCCCCUGUGGUUGUCGGGGGGAGGUGAGGGUCCCUGGGCAGAACCGCUGUGAUCUGCUCACGCGCGUGUUGGCAGCUGGUGGGUCACCGUGACCGGCCGUCCGUGACCAUCACCAAAGCUCAGUCAGAAACCUCAGCCUGUGGUUGGAUCCCCGGGCGGGUCCCGCGGCCAAACCCUGAGGAAUGCCCGUGUGGGCUGCUCGCGUCUUCCCACUCUCAUUCAUUUCCCCUGGCGGGCGGCGCCCUCGGCCUCCCCGGCCACCCUUCCAGCAGCCUCCAUCGGCACCGAGCUCAGCGAGAAGAAGGAGGUUGCCUGGAGGUAGACCUCAGACCUGCGCGCGCCUCUGGGCGCGAACCCCCUGGUGAGGGAGGGCGGGUGUGUCUGGAGAGCACGGGGGCCUUGGCAGGCUCAGGAACCUUCUCUUUUUUCUAGUAGCACUGUACUUGUUCUAGCUUCAGUCUGGAGAUACUUAAGACCUCCAUGGGGUCAUGAUCCACAGACUUAGCAAGUCUUGCCUUAUCUAUGGAGCUCGACGGGGAGAUGUGUGACCACUGUCCGCUGUCCAUAGUUCCAUUUCCUCGCGGUUGUCUCUUUCCACAGAUUGUCUUCAUCUGAACCAUUGUAUUUUAUUUUUUUACCAAAGUACUGUACUUGGCUAUUUGCAGUGUUUUCAAAACCAAAUGUUUCCUUUUUUUUGUGUUUUUAAUCUUCAAUACUUGGUGCAAUAGAAGCUGCAAAGAUGUGCCACUUUAUCUACGACGUGGGGUUUUGUACGCCAAUAAAUUCUAGUUUAAAGACAAA